AGCAAUGGCUUCAAGCUUUAAAGUAGUACUGGCGAUUGUCGGGAUACUUAUGAUGUCCACCAGUAAUGGCCAAAUAGAAUGCGAGGUCAAGCCUAUCGAUAUGCUAUCCUCUUCUCACUUCUACGGACGUUCCAACACCACAAUGAUGAACGAAAUGAAUAGUUAUCAGAAUAAAUCCAGAUACGAAUGUAUGCAGAUGUGUCGACAGAAUGCCAGUUGUGUUGCUUUCACUUACGCUGAGGGUUCUCAAUCGUGUUCCAUGUUUGAUCAUGAUAGUGAAACGGGACCAGAACUACUGCAAUCGGGACCCGGCGUCUGGUUUUAUGACUUGCGACAGAAAGAUAUCACUGAGAGUUAUGUUGGCACGUGUAUUGAGGGCAGUAGGUGCCGCAAUGGAGCCUCGUGUUUCAACGAUUGUUCAAACAAUGGAUAUAGCUGCGCAUGCUCAAAACAAUUCAAUGGAAAAUAUUGUGAAAAUGCGUUUACACACACACCUGUUUUGACAACAAGUAUCAUCGGUGGUCCAUCUGCAAGUAACAUUGCAUUCUCACACAAGAAAAACCACUAUCUUGUCAUUGGAGGAUAUGAAGGUGUUGCAGAAACUACAACGAAAGUAUAUAAGUACAGCAGUAUCUCUGGUUCCUAUGAGUAUCUGCAGGAUUUAUCUGGCACAAGUGUAGCACUCAAGAUGGAAAGUUUUGAGAUAAAUGAUAAACUGUAUCUGUUCGUCUCCAAUUAUAAGCAACAUGGUGGAUCAACUAUUACAACGUCUUACAUCUACACAAUUAACUCGGAAACAGGUUUGUUUGAGCAGCACCAAUCAAUCAGCACACAAGGCGCAUUCUCCGCAUCUUAUUUGAAAUUUAAUGCUGAUCAUUACUUGCUGGUUGCCAACUACUAUGGGUCAACCCUAGACGUGGAAUCAAUAGUGUAUCAAUGGAACAGCGACAACAACCAGUUCAUCCAUUUUUCCCAGCUUGCAACAAAUGGGGGUAGCGGUUGUAAACUAUUCUCAAUCGAUAACAGUUUGUACGCUGUGAUAUCAAAUUAUGAAGGAUCGAUAGAGGGACAUUCUGUUUUCUCUAAGGUUUGGACACUCAUCAAUGGCGGCUUUGCUUCAAGGGUUUACAAAGGCUGUUUUGUGGACAGCGGUAGUAGAGCGCUUUCAUCAUCAUACACCAGUUCUGGAUCUAUGACUAUAGAUUGGUGUAUAGCAUACUGUUACGAUCGUGGCCAUGUGUUCGCUGGUUUGCAGGCGGCAAGCCAGUGUUUUUGUGGCGGUGAUACAUACUCCAAGUACGGCCAACGACCAGACAGUGAGUGCAAUUCUAAUUGUAGAGGGAAUCCGCUAGAGAAAUGUGGUGGUGGUUGGAGGAACUCUGUAUAUACUACCGGUGCAGGUAAUCAUUUAGAGAAUUCACUAGCCGAGACUGACGCGGGAUCUAUUGGAAUCGAUGUGUUUGAGAGUGACGGCGUGACUUAUCUAGUGGCGGUUAAUAAUUUUGAAUGCGUACAGAAUACCAUAGUUUACACAUUUGACAAAGUCACCAAUGAGUUUGAAAUUCACCAAAGAAUUCCAUCAGAACACUGUCCUAUUACUGUUACUGUAUUCAAGGUAGGAGGAGAAAUAUUUAUGAUUCUGGGCACUGAUAGAAAGGAAUGGUUUGUAAGUGAUAUUGAAAGCUACACUACGUCAUCUCCCAUCUUUAAACUAGAAGGUAGUAUGUUUGUCAAAUAUACAACUGUGACGUCACAAGUAUCUUGGGACUUUACUUUUUUUGAGCGAGAUGGAGAAUACUUUUUAGGCCAAUCAAAUCAAAGGAAUGAAAAUGAUGGCAGUGAAUCCGAUGCAAGUUUUAACAUAUAUCAAUGGAUUUAGUAAUUUAUAGUAUAAUUAAAUAAGAAUAGGGCUUUCCUGUUCUGCUCGCAUAAAAGUAAUGUAAAUUAAGAAUUAAUAUUAUAUUUGAAAUUAAUAAUUAUAUCAAUAACAACUUAUAUAUGUAUAUAUGUAUAUAUAUAUAUAUAUAUAUAUAUAUAUAUAUACUUAUAUAUAUAUAUAAUUAAUUAAUUAUCAACAUACUGGAGAAGAACAAUUAUGUGAGAAUAAAGGAUGGUAGAGAUAGCAAAGCGAUAAAUCAAAUACUAAUACACAUGUUUUGUAUUAGUUAUUUUUAUUAUUAAUGUAAUUUGAUUUUUAGCUUCUAUGAUUGUAUUCAAUUUCAAAAACCAAAAAGAAAAUUAUUUCUUCAUUUUGUCCACAUUGAGUGAUAUACAUCAAACAGAUUAUAUUUGGUGUUAUACAAUUUGUGUUCUCAAUAUGUUUUAUUAAAUGAUUACUG